GAAAGCGGAGAGGCAGAAGCGGAGAGGCAGCGCAGCCAUGGCGGGGCCGCGGCCGGGCUCCUUCCCGCUGCUGGUGCGCGGGGAUUGGGGCACCGCGGAGCCGCCGGCCGCGCUGCGCAAGAAGCUGCUGCUCUACUUCCAGAGCCCGAAGCGCUCGGGCGGCGGCGAGUGCGAGCUGCGGUGGGAAGCUGGGCGGCUGCUCGUCUGCUUCGCCCAGCCCGACGUGUCGCGGCGGGUGCUGGACCGGCCGGCGCACGAACUCGAGUGGGGGCCCCGCGGGAAGCUGUCGCUGCUCGUCACCGCGCUGCCGGAGGAGGAGGACUCGCGUUCCCCGCAGGAGCCGCCCGCGGAGCCCGAGGCGCCAGCCCGUGACUUUCCCUGUGUGAAACGAAGCGAACUUCACGCCGUGCUAGCUCUGGAGCACGCACACGGAGCUUCGUCUUCUUCACCUACGCAGCGGCUGAGAGUGCGCUGUCGUUUAUCUGCAGCUGACGAACCUGUGCCAUCUGUGCCCACCCCCGCGGAGCAGGACGCCGUCCCGCACCCCCAACCACCGGCCGCAGGUACGGGGCUGUCCCCGCAGCGCCCACCGCCUCAGGAAGCUCCUCCGGAGGUGCACGAGCUAGGUGCCCAAGAAGCCUCGCAAUGGGAGCAUCCAUCAGCUGAGAGACCUGAGCUGGUUGUGAAGCCUGGUGAGAUGGAGACUGCCCCGGAGCCGUGCCAGGUGGAAAACCCUGAAGUAUCCCUUCCUCCCCCCUUAAUGGUGCUUGAAAAUGUACGGGAAAACGUAAGCAGUUAUAUGUUAACCAUGCUGGUGGAGAACAUCAGUGACUUGUCGGAGGAAGAUGGUAACUUCAGUGUGGAAAUGAUACCUGAACUGCGGGCUGCUGUUGUUACUUUUACUGGAAAUGCUGCUACAGCGGACAUCGUUAAGAAGCUAAAUCAAAGCGAAAGAGCAAAGAAGCAAAACUUAACUGCACAUCUCCUUGAGCUCACAAACUGCAUUAGAGCUGAAAAUAUACCACCUAACACACCCAGUGACUAUAUAUCUAUCUACUUUGAGAAUAAGAAGAAUGGAGGUGCGCAAGUGGCAAACGUUUUUCAACAGCACGAGGAAGGUGCAGCUAUCAUUAAGUUCAAGGACCAUCGAGAUGUAAACAAUGUCUUGUCAAAGCAGCACUCACUCAAUGGAACACCGAUAUCUGUCUAUCCUUACUAUGCCUCACUGGGAACAGCUCUAUACGGAAAGGAAGGGCCACAGAUAAAACAACCAGAUCCAGUUACAGUGCCGCUGGAUCCCUAUAUCUGGCGGUUCUUGCAGAGAAAAAAUAGCCUCAUCGAAGCGAUACGUUCUGAUAUGGCAAAUUGUAAUUGUGAGAUAACAUGGCCUAGAGGCAACUGUGCAGAGCCAAAAGUUAUUCUGCAUCCUUCGGCUGCUUUGUCUGAGAGGAAGAGAUCGGUGGCUCAAUUGGUCAGGACAUGGAAUACAGUGGCUUCCACAACAUUUUCAUAUAGCAUAUCAAAGUACAGAGUAGAGAAGCUUAAAGUAAGCGCGGAGGUGUGGAAAGCCAUUAGAACCAGCAUUAACCACAGCGAACUUUUGAUGAUCCCAUUUACUUCCAAGGAUUUACUUCUUGUAGUAGGCCACAAAGACAUUCUGAAGACUGUUGUCCGAGAACUGAAUUUGCUGAUAGAAAAAGUCACCAGAGAAAUUGAGAGAGAAAAGCAAACAACUGAAGAAAUAGUGAUGCUGAGUCCAGGGGAUUUUGCAAUUUUGCAGAGUAUCGGUCUUGAAGAAAGAAUUCGCCUGGAAUUCCCAGCUCUGCAGAUAACUUAUGAUCAUUUUCAGCAGAUAAUUAACCUGUAUGGACUGCGUGAGGAAGUUUAUAAAGUCAAAGGGGAGAUAUUGGUUAAUAUGCAAAAAAUGACAAAGAAAAGCGUUACUCUCCACCCUUUUGUUUUCCAGUUUUUACAACGUAUUGAUAACGAAACUCUGUCACAGAGCCUGUUUUUGUCAAAACAUAUUAGUGCCUUUUAUGAGCUUGGCCCAGAUGCUGUCCUCCUGAAAGGAAAUGAUGACGAAAAUCUCCUAAAAGCAGAAGAAGAGCUAAAGAAGGAACUGGACUACAAAAGCAUUGCUUUAGAAGAUGAGUCCAUUCUCCAGAAGGAGGAAUGGACGGCGCUCACUGAGGAGAACUGCUGCAAUGCAGCUGUAACAGUCAUUCAAAAAGAGGGUGAGAUCAUUGUUGCUGGUUUUUCUCAAGCAGUAGCAAAAGCCUUUGAAGAGCUUUUUAACUUUGUAGAUGAGAACACACAAGUGCAAAAAGUCAUUGGAGGAAAGCCCACCGUAGUCCUAAUGUACAUCAAGGAAGAGAAGACCUCUGUCUUGGAUGACUUAAAGAAUAAAGGCGUGAAAAUUGACUUUAAUAAAGUUAUAUCCUUGAGGGGACCGAGAAGAGAGGUGCUGAAGGGAACUACCCUAAUUGAGCAAAUGCUGUCCGGGCUGCAUUACAAGCGUGUGGUAAUUAAUGAGCCAGGAGCCAGGUCAUAUUUAAAAGAAAGAGUACGCUUUUUUGCUGACAGUGUGAAGAAUGAGUUUAACUGUCUAAUCAGACUCGAAGAGCAGCCAGAAGAGUAUCCGGAAGAGCAACGAGAACACAGUAACGUAGGCAAGUGCUAUACACAGAUGACCGUGCACGGAGUUCUAAUAGCGGUUUAUAAAGCCGACUUGUGCACUCAUCACGUUGAUGUUGUGGUGAAUGCAUCAAACGAAGACCUGAAACACAUUGGUGGCCUCGCUUGGGCACUGCUCCAAGCAGCUGGUCCAGAGCUGCAGGCUGAGUGCGAUGGGGUGGUGAGGAUGAGUGGGAGUCUGCAGGCUGGGGAUGCGGUGAUCACAGGAGCGGGGAAGCUCCCCUGCAAACAGGUCAUCCAUGCUGUUGGGCCCCGGUGGAAGGAGCAGGAUGCAGAAAAGUGUGUGUACUUGUUAAAAAAGACCAUUAAAAAGAGCCUGCAGCUGGCUGAAACAUACAAUCAUCGCUCCAUAGCUUUCCCUUCUGUAAGCGGAGGGAUUUUUGGCUUCCCACUGCACAAGUGUGUAAAUGCAAUUGUGUCAGCCAUCAAGAAAACCCUGGAAGAAUUCAAAAGGGACAGCAGCUUGAAGGAGAUUCAUCUUGUGGAUAUCACAGAGGAUAACGUUCAGGCUUUCAUCAAGGCACUGAAAGAAGUAUUUUCCGAUGAUGUACCUCUUAACAAUCCGGUGCAUCAGACCAGCGUUGUUCGUCAGCCUACCAAAAGGAUAGCUUCUCGAAGUAACAUGAACUUUGCAUUGGUAACAACUGAGGAAGGUCUUAACAUCAUGCUGAAAAAAGGAAACAUUGAAGAUGCCUCAACAGAUGGUGUUGUCAUCAGUGUUGGUGGUGACCUACAGCUUGAGAAAGGACAACUCGCCAAAGCUUUGCUAAGCAAGGCAGGGCCAAGGCUUCAGUCAGACUUAAAUGAUGAAGGCCUAGGAAAAUCACCUGUUGAAGGAUCUGUGUUCACAACAAGAGGUUACAAUCUGAGUUGCUGUUAUGUGUUUCAUGCUGUCACACCAGGAUGGUCACAGGGAAGUGAAUCUGCAGUGAAGAUCUUGGGCAAGAUCGUCACAAAAUGCCUGCAGACCGCUGAGGAACUGUCUUUAAAGUCCAUUACUUUCCCAGCCAUUGGAACAGGCAUCUUAGGGUUCCCAAGUUCCGUUGUUGCUAAAUCGCUGUUUGACAAGGUAUAUGAAUUCAGUAGUAAAAAGAAAACGAAUUCUCUUCGGGAAGUUCACUUUCUGUUGCAUCCAAAAGACGUAAAUAAUAUUCAGGCAUUUUCAAAUGAAUUUGAGAGACGGUGUGGCAAUGAUGUAGAUGAGGCUAGCAAAGGCACGGCUUUCUUUGGUCCCAUUUCAAACCCAGCACGGGAUGUAUAUGAGAUGAGAAUUGGCUCCAUCACGUUCCAGGUGGCCGCUGGUGAUAUUACCAAGGAAACUGGAGAUGUCAUUGUAAACAUAUCAAACCAAGCUUUCAACCUCAAAACAGGUGUCUCUAAAGCAAUUUUGGAAGGCGCUGGGAAAGAGGUUGAAAAUGAAUGUGCUGAACUAGCCUUGCAGCCUAAUGAUGGCUAUAUAACCACUGAAGCAGGAAGCUUGCCAUGCAAAAAAAUAAUCCAUUUUGUUGCCCGAGAUGAUAUCAAAGUGCCAGUCUCCAAAGUGCUUCAGGAAUGUGAAUUACAGCAGUACACCUCUGUUACCUUCCCAGCGAUUGGAACAGGUCAGGCAGGCCGUUUUCCAGAUCUGGUAGCUGAUGAGAUGAUGGAUGCAAUAACUGACUUUGCAAGGAGCAACUCUACUCCGUCUGUGAAAACUAUCAAAAUUGUCAUUUUUCAGCCACAUCUGCUGAAUGUGUUUCAUACGAGCAUGAAAAAAAGAGAAAAUGAUGGUAAAACUAAAUCAAAAUCACUUAUUUCCAGGGUGACAUCAUUCCUGAUCCCUGAGAAACAUCCUCCAAAGGAAAAACGCAAAGCAGUUUUGGAAAGUAAAGUUGAUCAGGCUGUUGUUCAGAUUUGUGGUGAAAGCGAGAAAGAAGUGGAAAAAGCAGAAACCUGGUUGAAAAGCACAAUUCUGAAGGAACAGUUUCAAAAAGAAAUCAACGAUGACGCCAUCUUGGAUUUUGAUGAGGCAGAGAAUGAGGAACUGUGUGACCUACAGAGGAGAUUAAAUAUUGCUCUUUUCUUGGGAGACAACUUUAUUCGAAUUACAGGAUUUAACAAUGAUGUCUGGUUUGCUUUUUCAAGUAUCCAACAAAUGAUCCUCAGGGUAAAAACUGCUAAAUAUGAAGCGAUAAAGGCAGAGCUUUAUCAAAACCUAGUUGAGUGGAAAUAUUCGGAAAAAGAUUCCUAUGUAUCCUUUGACAGUAUGACAAAUAUGUACUUGGAAAGUGCUUUUGUAAGAAAGCAGAAAGAUGUUUCAGUCAUCAUUAACAAGAAAAAGUACAAGGUGGAUACAGAAGGUAGAUAUGCUACAAACGUGGAAGGACAUCGUAUAACACUUAUACGUAUUGAUAAAUCUGCAGAUCUAGAAUCAACAACACUCCCCGAAAAAUGGGACGAUAUGCAAAAUCAGCAACUCAAAAUAGUGGAAUUGAAACCAGAUACAAAAGACUACAGACAAGUAAAGGAAAGGUUUCUGAAUACCUCUCCAUCACUAAAUCUAAAAAUUGAAAAGAUUGAAAGGGUACAGAACCCAUCUUUGUGGAAAGCCUACCAAAUAAAAAAGUGUCAAAUGGAUGACAAAAAUGGCAACAACAGUAAUGAGAAGUUUCUGUUCCAUGGGACAAGUGCAGAGUCAUUAACCUUCAUUAACAACCAUGGAUUUAACCGCAGCUAUGCUGGAAUGCACGCUGCACAGUAUGGAAAUGGAACUUACUUUGCUGUUAAUGCCAGCUAUUCUGCUAAUGACACCUACUCAAAACCGGAUGCAAAUGGGAAGAAGCACAUGUACCUGGCUCGAGUCCUUGUUGGACAGUAUUCCCAGGGGACACAAGGAGCAAUUACUCCAGCAGCAAAAAAUGUUGGCAACACUGUGGAUCUGUUUGACAGUUCAACUGAUAACGUGAACAAUCCGUCCAUGUUUAUCAUAUUUAAUGAUAUUCAAGCUUACCCGGAGUACCUUAUCACUUUCACUAGGCUUGAGGCAGAGUGGCUGGGAAACUGCACCAGGGAAGAUGUGGAGGUGUUAGCUGAUGGGCUGAAUAUGAACCAGCAGUGUGUCCAUGUGGUCAAGAAGGUCAAUGGCAUCUUCGUUUGUAUUGAACGCGGUGGGGCAGCGGCUGGACUCCGGCGUGCGCUGCAAGGCUGUGCCGGGAAGCGCCCCGUGCCGCUCCCCUCGGCUGGGAAGAGAAAGCGAAAGGCAGCGGGGCCGGGACAGAAGCGGAGAGGCAGCGCAGCCAUGGCGGGGCCGCGGCCGGGCUCCUUCCCGCUGUUGGUGCGCGGGGAUUGGGGCACCGCGGAGCCGCCGGCCGCGCUGCGCAAGAAGCUGCUGCUCUACUUCCAGAGCCCGAAGCGCUCGGGCGGCGGCGAGUGCGAGCUGCGGUGGGAAGCUGGGCGGCUGCUCGUCUGCUUCGCCCAGCCCGACGUGAAGCAGCAGGUCCUUGAGAGACAGACUCAUGAGCUGGAUUUGGGAGAAAAGGGGAAAUUUAAGAUCACUGUCACGGAUCUUGAAGCAGCAGCUGAACAGGAAGCAUUUGGGAAACAACUGGUUCCCACAGAGGCUCUGGAUGCCAUGAGAGACCUUCAAAGAAAAGGAGGAGCUUUGCAGAAAAUGGAGAAUGAUUUCCCAAACAGUGAACUCCAGGAGAGAGCUCGCUCCAUGGAGAGGACUGCAGAACAAUCUGCAGAGACUUCACCUUCUGUGGUGCUUGAAAACACUGAAGGAUGCAGUGCAAAAUGCAUACAGAUACUGUUGGAGAAUGUCAGCGGCCUAUCUGCGGAUGAUGACUUCACUGUGGAAAUGAUUCCCGAGUUAAAUGUCGCUGUAGCUACUUUUCAAAAAAGUAUUGAUACUCAAGAACUCAUCAACAAAUGUGCACAAAACAAGAGAGUGAAGAGAUUCAAAAUAACUGCCAGGCUUCUUGAAGUGACUCGCAGCAUCAAGGCUGAAAACAUACCAGAUGACAUUUCCAUUGACUACCUCAGAGUAUAUUUUGAAAGCACACGAAAUGGAGGGGGGCCUGUGUCAGACAUCCAGCUCUUCCCCGUGGAGAACUCGGCCAUCAUCACUUUCUGUGAUCACAAAGAUCUAAGCACUGUCUUGGAAAAGCAGCAUUUACUUGAACAAACACCAGUUUCUGUGCAUCCAUAUUACCACUCCCUGGGAACAGCUCUGUAUGGAGAAGACAGACCAGUUACCAAGAUGCCAGACUCUGUGGUGAUACCACUGGAUCCCUAUGUCUGGCAGUUUUUACGAAGGCAAGCUAGACUGAUUGAAGCCAUAAACCAGGAAAUGGCAAACUGCCAUUGUUAUCUAAAAUGGCCGCAGACAGACUGUUCUCAACCAGAAAUCACACUGUGUCCAUCAUCAUCUAUCUCUGAGCAGAAGGGAACAAUGAUUAAGUUGAUCAAGACCUGGAAGCAAGAUGUUUCCACUGAGUUCUCACGUAUCAUGUUGCGUUACAUAUCUAUAAAGUGUAAAGUAAGUUCAGCAAAGUGGAAAGACGUGAAGAACAGACUGAUGAAAAAUGCUGAUUUGAUCAUCACUGAUAUUUCUGAGGAGAUGGUAGUGAUAGCAGGCAACAGAGCAGCAGUGGACAGUGCAGAGAAAGAAGUGAGGGAAUGCAUGGAAAAAGCCAUGGAGGAAAGUAAAAGGGAAAAACAAAACAUAGAAAUUCCUGUGUCGAUCACCCCAGGGAGGUAUGCAGUUUUGCGUAAUGCUGGGCUAGAAGAGAAUAUUCACAAAGAAUAUCCACACUUAAAGAUCUCUUACGAUGACACAAAAGAGACUGUUCAGUUGUGUGGACUAUCUGCAGAAGUUUAUAAAGUCAAAGCCAACUUACUGGAAAAGGUAUUGAAUAUGCCCUCGACAUCAGUUGAUGUUAAUCACAAUGUUCUCCUGUAUCUACGCUGUGCAAACAGUAAGACCAUGUCAGAGAAGUUAUUUGCUGCGAAAAAAAUUAAUGCUUUUUAUGAGCUUGAGGAUGACACCGUGAUACUAUUUGGAGAGACUCCUAAAGAUCUUUCAGAAGGAGAGAAGCAAUUAAAGGCAAGCCUAGCAUGUAAAAGCAUUGACGUGAAGGACUGUGAAGUCACUAAGAUGAAAGAGUGGAGUCAUCUGCUUGACGCCUUGCGUAAGAAGUACCCUUCUUCCCAGAAAACUGUAGUCAUCCAGGAACCCAUUGGAUAUGGAAACACAGUGACCAUUACUGGCUUUACUGAGACUGUAGAAGAAGUUUGUCAGAACCUUUAUGAUUUUAUAGAUAGAAACACAUGGGUGGAAAGAAAAAUCCCCACUAAGUUGGUGGCAGCAGUGCAGUUUGUAGAGAAGGAAAAAUCUGCUGUUUGUGAUGAACUGAGGAAGAAGGGUGUGACAAUAUGCUUUCAUACCAAGACGCCAUAUAUUUCCCUGAGCGGACCAAGAGCAGAAGUGCCAAAAGCAGCCACUGUGUUAGAAAAAAUUAUCUUAUCCCUCUACUGGAAGGAAGUGUCAAUUGAUAAACCAGGGGCAAAGGAAAUCUUCAUCGACAGGAAAAAUACAUUGAUUUUUGAGGCAAAGCAGAAGUUUAAUUGUCUGAUCAGGCUGAAAGAAGAAGAACAACAGAAGAGUAAAAAUGUUGAUAAAGUGGAAAGAAAGCUCUACUACAAGCUAACCCUAGAAGAUGGCACUGAAUUGCUGGUAUAUAAAGGUAACUUGUGCAAUUACCCAGUUGAUGUUGUGGUGAAUGCAGCAAGUGAAGACCUAAGACACACCGAUGGCUUUGCUUGGGCACUGCUCCAAGCAGCUGGUCCAGAGCUGCAGGCUGAGUGUGAUGAGGUGGUGAGGAUGACUGGGAGUCUGCAGGCUGGGGAUGCGGUGAUCACAGGAGCGGGGAAGCUCCCCUGCAAACAGGUCAUCCAUGCUGUUGGGCCCCAGUGGAAGGAGAAGAAUUCAGGAAAGUGUAUGUACCUGUUAAUGGAGGCCAUUAAAAAGAGCCUGCAGCUGGCUGAAACGUACAAUCAUCGCUCCAUAGCUUUCCCUUCUGUAAGCGGAGGGAUUUUUGGCUUCCCGCCGCACAAGUGUGUAAAUGCAAUUGUGUCAGCCAUCAAGAAAACCCUGGAAGAAUUCAAAAGGGACAGCAGCUUGAAGGAGAUUCAUCUUGUUGCCGUUGAUGAAGAAACAGUUCGGGUUCUGAGAGAGACUGUGCAAAAAGAGUUUACAGCUAAGUCAUCCUCCUCAGUGCUGCAGCAGCAAUGCUCUCCAAAUCACAGGCAGGGGGAGAGCCAGAGGGAGAAGAGAGGAGACGAUCUUUUCAUGGCUACAGGUGGUGAGAACAUGAUUACAACAGCGGAAGGAUUGCGCAUCCAAGUGGAGAAGAAAGACAUUAUAGAUGCAACGACGGACGUUAUCGUCAAUAGCGUUGGCACAGAUUUGAAGUUUGGCGUGGGGCCUCUCUGCCGUGCCUUGCUGAAAGAGGCUGGACCAGAGCUCCAGAUGGAGUUUGACAAGGAGAAAGGACAACAGGUGGCUGGUAACGGAAGUGUGGUCUGCACGAAAGGAUACAUUCUGGAUUGCACGUUCGUGUUUCAUGCUGUGCUUCCUCAGUGGGACAGAGGAAGUGGGCAGGCCCUGAAGACCCUAGAAAACACAGUCCAUAAGUGCUUGAUGAAAGCUGAAGAAUUUGGACUGAAGUCCAUUGCUUUUCCAGCUAUUGGAACUGGAGGAUUUAGUUUUCCUCAUACCGUUGUUUCCAAGUUAAUGUUUGAUGAAGUAUUCAAGUUCAGCAGAUGUCAGUCUCGGAAGACUCUCCAGGAAGUUCAUUUUGUCUUGCACCCGAAUGAUAGACAGAACAUUCAGGCUUUUACCAGUGAACUAAAAUGUAGGGUAACUGGGAAGUACUGUGGUGCAGCACCACAGCCAGACUUCAUCAGCCCCGUUUCAAUUGAAGCAUCGGGAGCUUAUACAAUGAGGAUUGGCUCCGUUACACUCAAAGUAACUAGUGGAGAUAUUACCAAGGAAGACACAGAGGUUAUUGUAAAUAUAGCAAAUCAAACAUUUGAUGCCACAUCAGGGGUUUUCAAAGCUAUUAUGGAUGCUGCUGGUUUCGAUGUAAAAGAAGAAUGUAAUCAAUAUGGUGGACUGCUUCAAAGUGGUUUUAUUACUACAAAGGGUGGUGCACUGUUAUGCAGGAGAAUCAUCCACUUGAUUCACAGUAUGAAUGUGAAGAAUCAGGUCUCCGAAGUGCUUCAUGAGUGUCAGCUAAGGACAUACAAAUCUGUUGCCUUCCCGGCAAUUGGAACAGGUGCUGCACAACAGAGUCCAGCAAAGGUAGCUGAUGAUAUGCUGGAUGCUAUAGUGGAAUUUGUAAGCAGUAGAUCAGUACCGCAUUUGAAAGAAAUCAGAAUAAUCAUCUUCCAGAAACAUAUGCUGAGAGACUUUCUUCAAAGCAUGAAGAAAAGAGAAGAUCCAGGUCUGUUUGAACCACCACAAUCACGGAUGUCUACGCCAAAAUCAUGUUUUUGGGGACCAAAAAAAUCCAUCGAGAAGAAAAAGCUCCUGGCUUUGGAGAAGAAAGUCGAUACGGUUACAUUUCAAAUUUGUGGAGAAAGCCAAAAAAAUGUGGAUGCAACUGAGUCCUGGAUAAUAGAUGUGAUCUUAAAGGAACAGCUUGAAAACAGGAUUGUAGAUGACGUAAUUGAAAAUUUUGAUGAGAGACAAACUGAGGCUUUGGCAGAUCUCCAGAGAGGAAAACACGUUACCAUUAAGCUUGAGAAGAACCACUCUCCACCUUGCAUUACAAUUUCUGGUAUUAACAGGGAUGUCUGCUCUGUUUUUGUGGAAGUUCAAAAAAUGAUCCAAAAAAAAAAGGCUGCUCAAGAAGAACAAAACAAGGCAGAACUUAUUUAUAAGCUGGUAGGAUGGAAGUAUCAAAAAAGUGAUGAUAGCUUUGUUGCUUUUGAUAAACUGACAAAUAUGCAGCUGGAAGAUGCCAGAUUAUGUAAAAAACCACAUCUGACUGUCAAAAUUAACAAGACCAUCUACAAAGUGGAUCUGAAUACUCUACAGGCUCAUGAUGACCAAGGAAGAACUAUAAACAUUCAACGUGAGCCAAAGAAUGGAGAUAUGCAGUCAAUAGAGAACCCUGCAAAGUGGGAAGCCAUGCAAGGGGAACAAGUCAAACUGGUGACCCUCGCACGAUCGUGUCAGGAAUAUCUGGAAGUUCAGAAGUUGUUUCAGAAAACCGCUCACAACUUUGUCAUAGAACAGAUUCAAAGAAUACAAAAUCCCUUCCUCUGGCAGUCCUACCAAAUCAAAAAGAAGUCUCUGUGUAUGAAGAACAAAAAUCAAGAUAACGAGAAGCUGCUGUUUCACGGGACAGCGAAAAGCUCUUUAAGCACAAUCAACUACAAUGGAUUUAAUCGUGGUUUUGCUGGAAUGCACGCUGCAAGCAUUGGAAAGGGAACCUACUUUGCCGUUGAUGCAAUCUACUCUGCUGAGGACACUUACUCAAGGCCAGAUAUGAGUGGCAGAAAAUACAUGUACCUGGUCCGGGUCCUCACAGGGGAGUUCUGUGUUGGAAGCAGAGAGCUGGUCGCUGCACCUCCAAAACACUCAGCUGAUCCUACCGACCUGUACGACAGCGUAGUCGAUGAUGUGAAUGCUCCAAAUAUGUUUGUCAUAUUUAAUGACAUUCAGGCAUACCCAGAAUAUCUUAUUACUUUCAGACGAUAGAAUACUCUUCAUAGUCUAAAAAAUGCUGGUGCCUUUUUUAUAUAAAAAUGUAGCAGGGUGCUUCUUGACUGCUGUUUACACUUAGGUCUCUUAAGAGCUUUUUUAAAUCUACCCACGUGUUUAAAUAAGUCUUCAUAGUCACCAAGGCCAGGAUAAGCAAUUAUUUGAGAAUGCACUAUUUUAAUACUCACGUUCCAAAUUCAGUUUUGCAGAGGUGUAGGCAGGAGCUGUGAGAACAGCUAGACUUCUUCCCAAGCAAGGCAGGUGGGAGCUGGGCGGAAGGGGAGCUGCUGUGCCAUACCUAUUGCCAUCUAUGCACACCAUAUGAGGUUUUCAAGAGAAGGGCAGACGUGGCAAUGAAGGGCAUGGUGGGGUUGAGCUGAUGAUUGGACGAGAUGAUCUUAGAGGUCUUUUCCAACCUUCGUGUCUGUACAAUUCUAUGCAUUACGUACAUCCAGCUGCCACCUACAGAGCCAUCGCUCCUGGAGUUUUCAGGGUAGUAAAGAGUGAUGAAUUUCUGCUGGAUGGAAUUGCAACAUGAACCUUUCUGUAGAAGCACCCCUUUGGACAGAUUUAUCUAAAGGGACGCUCUCAAUCAUUAGCGACACCCAUUCUAGGGGCAUAUCAUAGGGAUGCAUUAUACGUACACACUCAAACCAUUCGAAAAUGCUUAAUGUUCUUUAAAGUAAAUACAUUAUGAUAUGCGUAGCCCCGAACUUAUGCAGAUUAUGAACUUAAGGUGAUUAUCUUGCAACUGUCAACCAAAAGCCACGUGUUUUAACUCACAACCAAGAGCCAUGUGGUAAAACACACGUAUGUGUUUUAAUAAAAGUAGUUCCGAAUA